AUGCACCGCCAUUCUGCCAAGUUUAAUUUCCCUGAUCGGCCCACAUGGCCCGUCGCUGAUGAGCACAUUACGAACCUAGCGGAAAUGUUCACCCGUCACAAUGCCGCUAAGAUUCUUGGAAUUCACUUAAUCCACGGCCAUUUCAAGAUCCCCCAGAGCACCGUCAUGCUUGGGACCAACUUUGAGAACCCCUCCCUUCGUUGGACUAAGGUCACCGAUAUUGAAAAGAUCGAUCCCGCCAGUGUCCAUGGACACAUCUUCGCCCUCACCAAGGACGGACUGUGCGCUUAUGAGCUGCAGGACGGGCCUCUUCCUGACCUGUCUGAUGUUGGACCGCUUUUCCUUGACGAGUUCAUCAACUACAUUAUCAGAAACAAUCUCACAAGCCUCAUUGGCCUUCAGGUCCUUGGUUGCGGUGAUGGCUGCAUGUCGGAACUCAUUCUCGAUCAAGGAACUGUCAUGCUGGAUUCGUCUUCCGUCAAGGACACUGUGCCAACCCGCAUCACAGGUUGGAAGUUUGAGACGGCCAAUGGCAACCCGCGUGUUUGCACGGCAAAUGAAACCCAUGCGCAGAUGACCUCGGGCAGCCACAAGACCGGGGAAGGUAGUUCCAGCGUCAGCAGCGACGAGCAGUACGACACCGAUCCGACAGAGCCUGAUUGCGACGAGGAUCAGCUCAAAGAUGCUGGUGAUGUUGCGCAACUUUUUGCAGACAAUGAACAUUAUCCCGAGUAUUACCGCCAGCAACUCGCAAAGUUUGACGAGUCUGUGUACACACAGGAGGAUUAUAGCAAAGGCACCACUGUCCUACUUGACCAAGUCGAGGCUCGUUGGAAACAAUUUUGUGCCUGCCUUUGCAAAGAUCCUGAACAAGAAUUCCGGAAGCUGUCCAUUGCAAUCUUGCAUACAUUUCUCGACAGGGCCUUGAAUUUGCGACGGGGCAAAAAUGGAAGACGCUUGCCUGGAAUCAAACGAAAAAGCUCACUAGAGACGUUUUGGAAGGUCUUUCGACUCGUCUUCGAAAGAGCAACCUCAGAGAAGAUCGAAAAGAAGAUCAAUCGACAGAUGCGCCGGGUGAUCUGUAAGUUAGCUCAAAAGCAUAAACUGUCUUGGGAAGGCCGCGAAAAGUCCACUAUGUUUGUGGAGGACUUGACUGUGGUCGUGGAAACGGCCAUUAGCACGACGAAGAAAAAAUUUGGACACGGUCGGCAUCGCAUCGAGCUGUGCCUUUUCUUGCAAUUGGCUGGGCUCACAGCCAACCGCCCUCAAGCAGUGCUGAGCCUGCGGUAUCGCCAUAUCCGAGUCAGUCUGCUCCGAGAUCCGCAGGGCGGCCCUCACAGAAUCGUGAUCGAAUUCAAAUUUGAAUACACGAAGGGAUUUCUCGGCGCCAAGGACGAAAAUACAUAUAUCCUGCCGGAGAUUAUAUUUGACCCGUCGCUUGUUCUCAGUCCCCAUGUCUUCUUGCUGGGGCUGCUUUUUGCGGACCGUGCCUUCAAGAGAGUUGAAGGGGAGGAGGUCCUAACAUCCGCAGAACAGCUUCCUCGCUUACAUAUUCGGGAUGGGUGCAACGAGCUUCCGUUGCUGCUUGAUCCCGCUCUGGCCGACGUACCAGUUUUUCGGCAGACCGAGCGAACACUGCAAGGAAUCGGGAUUUCGACCGAUAAAUGUUUGCCUUACUCAACUCUUCUUCCCUGGGUUAAAAGUAUUGGUAUCAUUACUGGGUUCCGACAAGUUGCCCGUCCUUAUAGUCUUCGAUACGGGGCUGGGAAGGCGUUAGAUAACAGCGGAGCUGUGAGUGACUCACUUCGCAACCUGAUCAUGCACCACGCCGAUACUCGCACCUUUCUAAAGUACUACCUCGAUCGACGGAUUGACAAGAACCUUGCUGCCAUUAUCCGAGGUCUGAAUCCAGAUGAUGAUAUCAUGCAUGCAGCUUGUCGAAUGAGCCGGACCAUUGACCCUGACCGCCCACAAGAAUUGACGACUGCCCAAUCCACCUCAGUCAACGAGUGGCCCGAAAUAUCUGUCCUCAUCCAGCGUCGUGAUGAACUUCGCCAACAACUAGGCCGUCCGCUCUCACACCACCGGGGAACGGCCAGUUGUGAAAGCUCUCAAAAGCUGAAGCAAGAGCUUAACAGCGCAAGGGAACGGGCUAGAAACGCAUUGUUGUCGCAGCUUCAGCAGAAAUACGAUCAAGAGCAGCCUAUGUUGGAAGUACAGCGGCAGCUGUCCGAGACUAAACUGGUUGAAUCAGUGACGGCAAAACUACGACACACAGAGGAGCUACCCGAGCCUCAGAAACGAUUGAUCGAGCGUCUUUUAAUUCUGCCAUCGCCGACAUUGGACCAAGAAAUGUGUCGGCGCACUGAAGCUAUUGAUGCUGUUGCCGCUUACUGUCAAUUUGAGGAAGGUAUCACAUGCCGUUUGCCACAGAAUAAACGGGUUGAAAGCUAUGUGGCCGAGCGCGGUUUUCUCGAUAAUCAGAAGCCGGAAAGUGAAGCUGAGGUCCCGACUAAAUCAGCAAGCCCACUCGAAAAUGCUAUUCAAUCUGUCACAGAGGAUCAUCGACCCUUGUUUUGCUUUAUUUGUGUGGGGCAGCAAAAUCUAGCCCUCAAGAAGCGUGUGCAACAAUUCUCAUCGCAUGGAGAUGUUUCGAAGCAUAUCAAGCGAAAGCAUCUACAGAACCUCGCAUCAAGCACUGUUAUUGCAUGUAAUGUUUGCGAUAAAAGGUUUGCAGAAGUCAUGCACUUUCAGCGUCACGCUAGUGAUUCUCACUCGACUGUGACGGGGCCUCUAUGGCGCACAGUCUCCAAGUAA